AUGAAGCGAAUUUCGAUUGCAAUUUCACUAAUAUCCAUCUUAUUUUGUUCCGCAAUAUUAACUAGAGCUCUUCCUGAGGAUGAACCUGAGUUUGGUUACGAUGAAGAUAGUGCAAAUGGGCCUCAGUACUGGGGUGAUAUUAAAGAAGCAUGGGAAACCUGCAAAACAGGGCAAAUACAAUCUCCUAUUGAUUUGUCCACAAACGUUGUGCAAGUGAUUCCCAAGUCAGGGAGUCUCAAGUAUUGGACCUAUAACCCUCAAUAUGCUACUCUCUCCAACAGAGGUCAUGAUGUUGCAGUAAAUUUGAGAGGGGAUGCAGGCUCAAUAGACAUAGAUGGAUCAUCUUUUUUCCUCCAACAAAUCCAUUGGCACUGGCCCUCCGAACAUACCAUCGACGGCAGGAGGUAUGACUUGGAGUUGCACAUGGUGCAUGUUAGUCCACAGGCUGAUGGAACAAACAAGACUGCUGUUGUUGGUGUUUUGUACGAGUACGGUUCUCCUGAUCCAUUGCUCUCUAGGGUGGAACAAUACCUAGUUGACAUUCCUAAAGAAAACGAAGAGGAAAGUGUUGGAGAAAUUGAUCCCUCAGAGAUCAUGAGUGGUAAGAUGUUCUACAGGUACAUAGGAUCACUCACUGCACCUCCUUGCACCGAAGGCAUCAUUUGGACCAUUGAUAAGGAGAUAAGAACUGUUUCAAUAGGACAAGUGGAGUUACUGAAGAAUACUGUACUUAUACCUUAUGCUCCAAGGAAUGCAAGGCCACUGCAGCCUCUAAAUCAGAGGAACUUACGGCUCUACGUUUCAAAGAAUAAGCCUCUUUAUUAG